UUUCGGAUCCGUGGAUGCACUGUAGCCUAAUGGUUAAAGUUUAAAGGUUUAUACAUUCAUGUUUGAGAUUUAAUUCUAAGACUAUACAAUUUUAGCAGAUUAUAUUAUAUGAUGUGAAGCUUAUUAAAGGUUCUAGAGUACUGUUGGCAAAGCCGUUCGUUGUGUUCGUCUGAUGUAGAGAGAAUAUGUCCAUCGAAUAUGUUAUACAUGUAGAAGAGUCUGUCGAUUCAAGUGUUUCAAGAAGAGUUUCAUCGUGGAAUCAUUAUCAGUGGAGCAUCAAUAUCGCAUAUGUUGUAGAUAGUUAGUUAUAAUAUCUAAUAAAGUUAGAGAUUUUAUGAUGAUGUAAUGUGUUAUCCGGUGUUAAAAAAAUUUACUCAAGAUCAAAAUUCUAAACUCAAAAAUCUUAUUUGCAUAAAAUAUAUAUAAGAUAAUAAAAAGUAAAGAUAUAAAAUAUUUCUAUGAUGCUCAUACCGAUAUUUUUUUUUUUCUUAAGUCAUCAUCAGUUAACCUCGCUGGUUGUUUUUUUUUUGCUGUUCACAAGAAUACUUGUACAUGUAUAUAAAAAAAAAAGAAGCGUAUUCACAAUGAUCACUUGGAUGGCAGUUCACAUCCGUACUUUCCAUGCUUUGGUUCUGUGUACGAAUGAAGUGCCUUAAGUUAAUUAAUAAGAGAGUUUUAUUGAAUGGAGUGGAAAAACUUAUAUAUAGUAUAUAGUUGGUCCCUUCGUGGACACCCAAUAAAAUAUAACAUCUGACGUAAGGGUUAUUAUCUAUGAUCAUGUAUAUAGGAUCUCCUAGUAAUCAAAUCAUAACACAACAAUUUUAUACACCAAGUAUAAUUAUAUAGAGAAAGUGGGACGUUAAGAAUGGGGAAAGGAAGAGCACCAUGCUGUGACAAGAGCAAAGUGAAGAGAGGGCCAUGGAGCCCAAAAGAAGAUCUUACUCUCAUCACUUUUAUUCAGAAACAUGGCCAUCACAAUUGGAGAUCUCUUCCCAAGCUUGCUGGAUUGAUGAGGUGUGGGAAGAGUUGUCGACUGAGAUGGAUAAACUAUCUGAGACCGGACGUGAAGCGAGGGAACUUCAGCAAAGAGGAGGAAGAUGCCAUCAUCCACUUCCAUCAAACUCUUGGAAACAAGUGGUCAAAGAUCGCGUCCUUCUUACCUGGAAGAACCGACAACGAGAUAAAAAACGUGUGGAACACUCAUCUCAAGAAACGACUAUUUCCCAACUCAUCCUCUUAUUCAUCCAUCUCUUGCCCUAAUGAUCGACCCACAGAAGCAGAUCAAAAGAAGAACUAUGCCAUCGUCCAAGAAGAACGAAAUUCUAGGGAUAAUGAGAGCCAAGACCCACCUUCGUCGUCUCAUCUCCACGGCAAACAUAUGCACACAAAGCCAGAGCUUCAUGAGGUUAAUGAACUCCACGAGAUCCAACUCCUUCUCGACCAUGACGACUUUGAUGAUAUAACCUCAGCGUUUCUUCAAACAACCGAAACGUUAUUUCCAGUGCAACCACUUGACUCGCUUCUUCAGACUCACACCUUAACCGGGUUUCACAAUACAGGCGGAACGACUCAAGAGGCAACCGAACCACAAUCAUUUGAUCAUUCUCAACCGGAAAUUCCAUGCGGAUUUGAAGAAACAAACGGAGAAUUUGACUUGUGGUCGCAGCCUAGUCCUAAUAGUGAGGAGUUUGACGAGUGGCUCAGCUUUAUGGACAACCAAGCUUACUUUGAUGACUUUACUUUGUUCGGAGAAGUAUGCCUAUGAAUAUAUGCACGACCAUAAUGCAUGAUGAGCGUUGUCUUAACUUUUGCAUAUUGCAAAUAUCACCUGUAUUUAUAAACCUAUAUGCAUCAUAUCUUCAACUAUGACACUAUACGUUGAUGACUUCACUUUGCUAAAUUCAUCAAAAUAACUAAAAGUUUCGGUGUAAACGCUACAGAAGGUGAGGAGAGUUGUGAAGCUUCGAGUUAUAUACAUAUAUGACACAAAUUGACUUCUAAUAUUUAUUUGAUUUUACGUAUAACUUUAAAAAUAUUACAAGACUAAAACAUUAAAUUAAAUCAAACAUCAAACUAUUUAUAUUUGAUAAAGUUUUUCAUUUAAAACACUCAAACAUUAAAUAUAUUUUGGAAAAUAUUUUUAUGCAAAUGUUUUUACUUGAUUAAUAUUUGA